ACAUGAGUGCCGUUUUCUCCUCGCGCUGGGCCGAGCGCCAUGCCUGACCGGGACAGUUCCUAUCUGUCAGGUGGUGGUGGGAGUGCUGGUGGUCUGGGUGAGGAAGGAGGACUUGGUUCUGGCUUGGCAGGGGGCUCUGCAGAGGGCAGAGGAGGUCCAGGAGGAAGUGUUGGAGGCAACAUCUCUGGUUCAGGGAGCAUGGGGGGCGGCGGAGCGCUUGGAAAUGGCAACAGUUGUGGGAACGGCGGAGGUGGGGGGCAAGGUGCAGGACUGGCGUUGGACGGCGUCUGCAGGGACUUCAUACGCAAUGUGUGCAAGAGGGGGAAGCGCUGCCGCUUCAGGCACCCAGACUUCAACGAGGUGCCAGACUUGGGAGUGCAAAAGAAUGAAUUCAUCUUCUGUCACGACCACCAGAAUAAAGAGUGCAUGCGCUCCAACUGCCGCUUUGUCCACGGCUCUAAAGACGAUGAAGACUAUUACAAGAAGACGGGAGAGCUACCCCUCAGACUAAGAGGGAAAGUUGCAGCACGGCUCGGCCUGUCCCCCAUGGAUCUCCCCCACAGCCGCGGGGAGGUCCCGAUCUGCAGAGACUUCCUGAAGGGAGAGUGCCAGCGGGGCAAUAAAUGUAAAUUUCGCCAUGUCAAAAAAGACUAUGAAUAUGAGCCCUCGAGGGUUGGGGCGGGUGGUGUUGUGGGGCCAGGUGCCAGUGGAAUGGUCAGUGCUGGGGCAGGGAUAGGCAGUGGAGGAGGAGGUGCCUGUGGAGGAAUGCAAGGACUUGUGGGAGUUGGAGGUGGAAGUAAUAUGAUGGGGAUGGGCUGCCCCAGCUUGGGUGGGUGCAGAGAUCCAGGUAUCUCGGGAGUCGGGGGAGUCGGUGGAGGCGGGAUGAGUGGCUGCCUGUCAAUAAGUUCUGCAGGGCAGCGGCGUUUUGACAGAAGCUCAUGCUCAGUGUACGACCCUCUGCUGGAAAGUGGGCUGUUUGAUGCUGGCUCCCUGGAGGCCUCUGUGGACCACACCGCUCUACAGUUUAAGAGAAGACGGUUGGAGGGCCUGCGCCUGGCAGAUGGGACUGGGGGUGGACACUAUGAGCUGGGAAUCCAAGCCACGCUGCCACCACGUCCUCUGGAGUACAGGUUCCUGGAGGAAGAAAACUCCCUGCUGAGGAAGAGAGUGGAAGAGUUGAAGAAGCAGGUUUCAAAUCUCAUCGCCACAAAUGAGGUCCUUCUGGAGCAGAACGCCCAGUUCAGAAGCCAGGCCAAGGUGAUGACGCUGUCCUCCACUCCUGCACCCACUGAGCAGAGUCUGGCUCCCCCUGUGGGUGCAGUAAGCUCCUACAAUCAUGGCAUCGCCCAGACUCACACCACCCUGAGCAGCGCUGGACUGCAGCCUCGGCCUGUCACCCAGCAAGACCUGGUAGCUCCUACCGGCGCCCCUGCGGCACCCCCGACUAACGCUGCCCCACCUACAGCCCCUCCACCCCACCUCAACCCUGAGAUCACCCCCCUCUCAGCCGCACUUGCACAAACCAUAGCCCAGGGGAUGGCACCACCUGUUUCUAUGGCUCCGGUGGCUGUGUCUGUGGCACCAGUGGCAGUGUCCAUGACGCAGCCUCUGCCUGGCAUCACCAUGAGUCACGCCACCACCCCGAUGGUGUCGUACCCCAUUGCGAGUCAGAGCAUGAGGAUCACCACUCUGCCUCACUAACUCAUGAAGAGUCAGACUGUAGCACCCUUAACAGGGAUUUUUAACAUAGUCUUUGUUUAUGUUACGUUAUGCGCGAUUCAACUGAUGACAGAUCGUUGAAUGUCAAUGUGUAUUACAGCGAGGUAUCACUGUAACAACAAGCUUCUCCACCAGAGGGCAGGAUAAACACUUCUCUGUUCAAAACCCAGUGUGGGCAGGUUUGUGGGCAAGUCAAAUAUUCAAAAAAUAAAUGUAAUCCCCCUCAAAAUCCAAUAAUGUAAAGCAUCUGAUACAACAGUAGUAAUAUUCCGGUCCAGCAACGUUGCUGUGACUUGUGGCAACAUCACAGAUGCAUCUUUCCUGACUGACCUGUGAACAGCCUUUGACCAAAGGGAUCCAUUCAAACAUAGGCACCAAAAACUGCAAAGAAACUGCAAAUAUGUAAGCCCAUCCACGUUGUUUGAACCAUCACUGCAAGACUGCAGUGCUGUCUUUAUGGUGCGGUGCUGGAAGAAGUUUGUGUAUAUAUUUUUGUGGGUUGCUCUGGUGUAAAUUAUCUUUGGUACUUUACACAUUUAAAAAAAGAAUAACAAACAUUCAAAAAUGAAA